GAAUUGGGACCCAUAGAACUAAGGGCUUGGACAACUAACAGUAAAAUUCUAGGACUGCCUUUUACUCAGCCCCAGAAACCGAUGAUAACUCAUCUUCUAGCUUCGUUGAAUAGCAUCUCCAAAACUCAGCCCCAUUUUUUUUUUUCAAUUUCUAGUGCUCUCCCUACCUUCACCCUUAUUCCCAAAACUCUUGGUUCUCUUCCCCAAUCCCUCUAAAAUUUCUCUUCUAAAAUUUCUGGUCGUCGUGGUUAAACCUCUACUUCCCUUCACCCCAGCCUCUCUGGCCUCAGAAUGGAAGAGUAAGGUCCUAAGAGGGGAGCUACAAUUACCGAAAGGCUGUGGAAAAUAGCGAGAGAGACAGGCCGGCCUAAGCUAGGAAGGGAAAACCGAGAGAACAGAGGCCGGGCUGGCAGCCUUGGCCUGCUCAAAAGGGUGGGCGGGCAGGGGGUGGAGCCCGGAGGGGUGCCGCCUCUCCUCUUUCCCGGAGCCUGGGCGGAGAGGGAGGAAAACUUCUUCCUGGCCUGGGCUCCGUGCCGCUCUGUUUGCCAACCGUCCAGUCCCGCCUACCAGUGCCGGGCGCUCCCCACCCCUCCCCCGGCUCCCCCGGUGUCCGCCAUGGCCAAAGCCUACGACCACCUCUUCAAGUUGCUGCUGAUCGGGGACUCGGGGGUGGGCAAGACUUGUCUGAUCAUUCGCUUUGCAGAGGACAACUUCAACAACACUUACAUCUCCACCAUCGGUGAGCCCGCUGGCCAUGUCCCAGACCCCGACUCUCCUGUGACCUCCUUCUCCGGCUCCCGGAUUACUAGUGACCCCACUUUUCAGUCCCCUUAGAGAAUUGAUUUCAAGAUCCGCACUGUGGAUAUAGAGGGGAAGAAGAUCAAACUACAAGUCUGGGACACGGCUGGCCAAGAGCGGUUCAAGACUAUAACUACUGCCUACUACCGUGGAGCCAUGGGCAUUAUCCUAGUAUACGACAUCACGGAUGAGAAAUCUUUCGAGAAUAUUCAGAACUGGAUGAAAAGCAUCAAGGAGAAUGCCUCGGCUGGGGUGGAGCGCCUCUUGCUGGGGAACAAAUGUGACAUGGAGGCCAAGAGGAAGGUGCAGAAGGAGCAGGCCGAUAAGUUGGCUCGAGAGCACGGAAUCCGAUUUUUCGAAACUAGUGCUAAAUCCAGUAUGAAUGUGGAUGAGGCUUUUAGUUCCCUGGCCCGGGACAUCUUGCUCAAGUCAGGAGGCCGGAGAUCAGGAAACGGCAACAAGCCUCCCAGUACUGACCUGAAAACUUGUGACAAGAAGAACACCAACAAGUGCUCCCUGGGCUGAGGAUCCUUUCUUGCCUCCCCACCCCGGAAGCUGAACCUGAGGGAGACAACGGCAGAGGGAGUGAGCAGGGGAGAAAUAGCAGAGGGGCUUGGAGGGACACAUAGGUAGAUGGUAAAGAGAAUGAGGAGAAAAAGGAGAAAAGGGAAAAGCAGAAAGGAAAAGAAGGAAGAGAGAGGAAGGGAGAAGGGAGAGGAAUGAAUUGAGGAAGUGAAAGAAGGCAAGGAGGUAGGAAGAGAGGGAGGAGGAAAGGAAGGAGAGAUGCCUCAGGCUUCAGACCUUACCUGGGUUUUGAGGGCAAACAUAAAUGUAAAUACACUGAUUUAUUCUGUUACUAGAUCAGGUUUUAGGGUCCUGCAAAGGGCUAGCUCGGCACUACACUAGGGAAUUUGCUCCUGUUCUGUCACUUGUCAUGGUCUUUCUUGGUAUUAAAGGCCACCAUUUGCACAAA